UUGUUGUCAUUUCUUCUGUUGUCCAGCUCCGACAGACAGUCCGGAGGUUUCCUAGCAGAGAAGCUGGCACCCAUUGCUGAUGAGAUUGACAAGAGCAAUGAAUUUGUUGGGAUGAGGGUGAGAUGCUGAAAUAUACUCUACUAUUAUGGAAGGACAGCCCUACCAUAAAAGGAUGUGGUUUUUGUGAUGUAUUCUUCUUUAACAGCCUAAUUUUAAUACACUUGCACGUGGGCAUUUCCAUCGAAACUAUCCAUGAGCACCAACAUGUGAAGUUCAUAGGAGCAUGUCAAAUCUGGUGUCAAAUGAAAGCUUAGACUAUAUAUAUUUUUUAAUUAAGGCGUAUAUACAUUUUUCUACCAUUUUAUAUCCUAAGGCUUUGAUUGCUGGUCAAACAGAUGGAAAAGGGGUCUUAGAAAAACAUCCACCAGAAAAAGUCUUAAGGUAUUAGAAAUACAUCAAAACACAAUAAUGUUGAAGUAAAGUCCUCUGACAGCUAAUAUCAACACUUAUAUUUAGUUUUGGAGAAAUGUUUUGCCUUGUUUAAGAAACAUUGCCCUGUGCCUUGAAAUUCCGUUAACCAAAAACCCACAUAUUUUAAGGAUAUUUUCAUAUUUCUCUCCCUCAUGAGUAUGAAGGAUAAUGAAAGUUCAGACAUAACCAGUAACGGUAGACCUACCAAUUAGGCUAGUUACUGUUUUUACUAUAUCUAUUUGGUUUAUGAAUGAUUAAGUGAUUUAAAACGGGUAAAAAAUUGGUAACAGCAUUUCCCAAAAAUCUGUAACGUUCACUGCAAUUGAAUUGUCUACAAUCGGAAAUCAUAGUAGUCACAAACCAUAGUUGAGUCACCUGCUAAAGUCAUCUCUUCCACUGGCAUACUGUUAUGUUAAUCUCAUAACUGUUUUCUUUCUCUCUCUGUCGUCUGGUGGUCAAAGCAAGUGUUUAAAACAGUUAAAACCCUCUCUCUGCGUCUCUUCUCUCUCCAGUUAAUGUCACCUCUGCCGGCUCCUUUUGACAGCUACCCAUGAGCCCCGUCUCUUUCCAUUUACUGUAACCAGCAUCCUUACCCACUGAGCACCAACUGACACCGGACGUAAAAAUAAAAAACUAGUUGCAAUUUGGUCAGUCCCCCCUGACCUUGAUUUCAACGUCCACAGACUUGCCUUGAUUUGGCCCAAACAUAGACGUCCAUGAUUGGUUCAGAUUUUGUCCAGGCCAGAACAAACCAAAAUUGAACUAAUCAUAGACGUCUGUGUUUCACAAGUACAGUAGAGUUCAUUACAGUACACAGCAGAGCAUACUAGAGUUCAGUACACUAUAAUGUACUGUACUCUACUGCAGUGUGUCGUGGCAGGAACUCUCAGGUGUGUCGCGAAAGUUUCAAAGUGACCUGUGAAAUGCACAAUUGAAUUUUGACUAGUGCCGGUCAGAUAAUACGACACAUGGUUACAUCUGUAUCGUUUUUUCAGUCCAGUGCGCGCCGGCUGUUGUUACAUUUGUAUAAUUUGACUUCGUCAUUAGCACAGGUAAGUCUGAUUAGGCUUAGCCAGAGUCAUUUAUUUCUUAAUACAGUGCCUUUAGAAAAUAUUCAUACCCCUUGACUUAUUCCACAUUUUGUUGCAGCCUGAAUUCAAAAUGGAUUAAAACAUGUUUUAAAUCUCACCCAUCUACACACAAUACCCCAUAAUGAAAAAGUGAUAACAUGUUUUUAGAAAUGUUUGCAAAUGUAUUGAAAAUAAAAUACAGAAAUACAGAAUUUAAGUAUUCAACCCCCUGAGACAAUACAUGUUAUAAUCACCUUUGGCAGUGAUUACAGCUGUGUCUUUCUGGGUAAGCCUCUAAGAGCUUUGCACACCUGGAUUGUAAAAUAUUUGCACAUGAUUCUUUAAAAAAUGUAUUCAAGCUCUGUCAAGUUGGUUGUUGAUCAUUGCUAGACAGCUAUCUUUUCAAGGCGAUUUAAGUCAAAACUGUAACUAGGCCACUCAGGAACAUUCAAUGUUCUGUUGUUAAUCAACUCCAGUGUAUAUUUGGCCUUGUGUUUUAGGUUAUUGUCCUGCUGAAAUGUAAAUUUGUCACCCAGCGUCUGUUGGAAAGCAGACUGAACCAGGUUUCCCUCUAGGUUUUUGCCUGUGCUUAGCUUUAGUCCAUUUCUUUUUAUCCUAAAAACUCCCUAGUGCUUGCCGAUGACAAGCAUACCCAUAUCAUGAUGCAACCACCACCAUACUUGAAAAUAUGAAGAGUGGUACUCAGUGAUGUGUUUGAUUUGGCAACGCUUUUUAUACAGGACAUUCUUUGCUGUUUUACUUUAGUGCCUUAUUGCAAACAUGACGCAUGUUUUGGAAUAAUUUUUUUCUGUACAGGCUUCUUUCUCGACACUCUGUCAUUUAGGUUAGUAUUGUGGAGUAACUACAAUGUUGUUGAUCCAUCCUCAGCUUUCUGUUAUCACAGCCAUUAAACUCUGUAACAGUUUUAAAGUCACCUCAUGGUGAAAUCCCUACGCGAUUUCCUUCCUCUCCAGCAACUGAGUUAGGAAGGACGCUGUAUCUAUGUGGUGACUGGGUGUAAUGAUACUAGGGCUGUCCCCGACUAAACACAAUCUUGGUCGACCAAGAGUCUUCUGUUCUUUCGACCAACCAAUUUUUAAACUUGUAUUUUUCGAUAUAUUGACACAUCCUAUGUGUUUUAAUUUACAUUUUACAUUUACAUUUUAGUCAUUUAGCAGACGCUCUUAUCCAGAGCGACUUACAGGAGCAAUUAGGGUUAAGUGCCUUGCUCAAGGGCACAUUUACGUCAUUUAGCAGACGCUCUAGUCCAGAGCGACUCACAAAUUGAUGCAUUCACCCUAUAGCCAGUGGGAUAACCACUUUACAAAUUUUUUUUUUGGGGGGGGGGGGGGGUAGAAGGAUUACUUUAUCCUAUCCCAGGUAUUCCUUAAAGAGGUGGGGUUUCAAAUGUCUCCGGAAGGUGGUGAGUGACUCCGCUGUGUGUGUGUGGGGGGGGGGGGGGGGGGUAGAAGGAUUACUUUAUCCUAUCCCAGGUAUUCCUUAAAGAGGUGGGGUUUCAAAUGUCUCCGGAAGGUGGUGAGUGACUCCGCUGUCCUGGCGUCGUGAUGGAGCUUGUUCCACCAUUGGGGUGCCAGAGCAGCGAACAGUUUUGACUGGGCUGAGCGGGAACUAUGCUUCCGCAGAGGAAGGGGAGCCAGCAGGCCAGAGGUGGAUGAACGCAAUGCCCUCGUUUGGGUGUAGGGACUGAUCAGAGCCCGAAGGUACAGAGGUGCCGUUCUAAUCAAAUCAACUAUAUUCACUGAGCUUGUCUGAUGCUUUAAGCACACAGUUUGAUUAAAAAAUGAAGACACACAAAUGAUUAGAGGGAGUCCGACCAGCAAUUGAUUUGAUUGUGCCAGGCCAGGCUCCUAACCAAACAUAGACGGGCCGGGCCAAAAACCAAUGUUUGUGGAUAUGGAAAUCAAGGCCGAACUGCACCGAAAAAAGAUGUCCAAAAGGCGUCGGUCUGUACUUACUGAGGGGUAGCCUACAGUGUUGCCUGCAAUGGAAUUUUAUGAAUGACCAUCCAUGUGGUAGGCCCAACGUUUGUAAAACAGGCCAUUUUAUUGGCUUUAUUAGUCCUGUGACUAAUCAAUUUGGCUAUUUAAGUUCUGAAUAUCAGCUAAUUAGCGUUAUCAAGAGGCAUCACAUGCCUAUUUGCAAUGUGUUUACACAGCGUGAAAUGCAUAAGUAUUUUCUUUUUCGCUAUGAUCAGCUUGUCAAAAAAUGUACGGAACUCACUGAUCAUGACAAUGGGGUGAAACUCCUGGACAACAGUUGUGAUUGUCCAUUCCAUAUUGUCCAUUUUACUUUGACUUGUUGCUUUGUUAACAUGACAGCUCAUUUUUUAUUUGAUUGCGCGCCAUUUAGGUUAGGCUAUUUGAUCGGCGAAACCUGCAUGAUGUAAAAAGUGUCUGUCUCAUUACAUUGGCAUACAUUUUAUCUCCAGCCUGUAGGCUACAGAAAAGGCCACAUACUAUUUCUACCAUAUCCUAUAUGUGCUACAUGAUUUAUGUUAGAUCAUUCUUUUUUACUGAAUGUUGGUGGAGCGCUGCAGAGAUGCGACUCUCCGACAGCACCCUGGAGAGGCUAAGUUAAUGCCUAAGGAAUGGUUAAGCAAAAUAGUGGCCACUGCUUAUCAAAGGGCAGCAACAGCACUCACCUAAAAAGCCCAUAUGCCACUGGUUGAGAGAAAUUGUCAUUUGUUUUUGGGCAGAAUAAUGUGAGGUUUUAUGUGUUGUUGUUGGAGGUGCAUCUUGGUCAGUUUAGUUAAGAAAAUGCGCCCUCAUCAAUCUGCCGCCUAAUCCUGCCUAAUGAGCGGGCCGGCCGUGCCUAUAGCAUAUCAUAAUCACAUCUAUAAAUUGGUUAUAACAAACUCUGAACACCGUAACACAUGUGACAGCAAAAUGGAUGCAGAGGACGUGACAAAUAAAACUCAAAACGGGUGAAUAUUUAUAGGUUGCUCAGGAAGUAAAGGGAAAGUCAGAUGUGUGGAAUAAAUGUGACUAGUUGUAGAAAAUACUGCAUACUGUGUGCCGAACAGGUGCUGUAUAGAUUACAAUAUCAUUUUUGUGAGCGUUUGGAACAAUGUAAACAACCCUAAAUAAAGUAUAAGCGUACCAGAGAGUCUGUUGUAACGUUUUUUUGUGAAUGCAAUUUCCGAAAUGGAACGGUUUAUUUAUUGUUUAAGCUAAUUAUUCAAGGCUUGCUUUAUUUUAUUUAAAAACUAAAAUGCUUGAUUGCAUUUCAAAUCAGGAAUGACUCGGAUGCUGUGUGAUGAAAUGAACUAAUGAAUGAUUGAUACAAUAGCCUAUAGAAGUAUUGAAAUAUAGGGCUAAACAGGAUGUGCUCUUAGGCCUACAGCUCGAUGGUGGUUAUACAAGGCUGCUAUACUAAGCCUACUAAUGAUAAUGUCAUUACUUAUUAUUAUAAUAGUAAUAAUAACAAUAAGGAGAUCAAGAAAAAUGAGUAUUAUUAUUAUUAAUAUUAAUAUAAUUUUCCCGAAAAUUUGGAACAGUGUAAAUACUAAAUAAAUUAUAAAUAAUACCAGAGAGGCUGUUCUAACGAAAAAAUAGUUUAAAGCCUUUAUACAGCAAAGCAAAGAUUAAAAACAGCCACAUUUGUGAAAUUGUUUACCUGACAUGUCGUUGCGUGAGGCUUGGUGCUCACGGAGGCUGUUAAACAAACAGGCAACAGAAGCAGGAUAUAUCUUAUUUCUGUAGAUACAGUGCAUUCGGAAAGUAUUUAGACCCCAUGUCUUUUUCCACAUUUUGUUAAGUUACAGCCUUAUUUUAAAAUUGAUUAAAUUACUUUUUUCCCCUCAUCAAUCUACACACAAUACACCAUAAUGACAAAGCGAAAACAGGUUUUUAGAAUUCUUUGCAAAUGUAUGAAAAACAAAUACCUUAUUUACAUAAGUAUUCAGACCUUUUGCUACGAGACUCGAAAUUGAGCUCCGGUGCAUCCUGUUUCCAUUGAUCAUCCUUGAGAUGUUUCUACAACUUGAUUGGAGUCCAUCUGUGGUAAAUUCAAUUGAUUGGACAUGAUUUGGAAAGGCACACACCUGUCUAUAUAAGGUCCCACAGUUGACAGUGCAUGUCAGAGCAAAAAUCAAGCUAUGAGGUCGAUGGAAUUGUGUCGGCACAGAUCUGGGGAAGGGUACAAAAUAAUGUCUGCAGCAUUGAAGGUCCUUAAGAACACAGUUGCCUCAAUCAUUCUUAAAUGUAAGAAGUUUGGAACCAUCAAGAUUCUUCCUAGAGCUGGCCGCCCGGCCAAACUAAGCAAUCGGGGGAGAAGGGCCUUGGUCAGGGAGGUGACCAAGACCCUGAUGGUCACUCUGACAGAGCUCCAGAGUUCCUCUGUGGAGACGGGAGAACCUUCCAGAAGGACAACCAUCUCUGCAGCGCUCCACCAAUCAGGCCUUUAUGGUAGAAUGGCCAGACGGAAGCCACUCCUCAGUAAAAGGUACAUGACAGCCCGCUUGGAGUUUGCCAAAAGGCACCUAAAGGACUCUCAGACCAUGAGAAACCAGAUUCUCUGGUCUGAUGAAACCAAGCUUGAACUCUUCGGCCUUAAUGCCAAGCAUCACAUCUGGAGGAAACCUGGCACCAUCCCUACGGUGAAGCAUGGUGGUGGCAGCAUCAUGCUGUGGGGAUGUUUUUCAGUGGCAGGGACUGGGAGACUAGUCAGGAUCGAGGGAAAGAUGAAUGGAGAAAAGUACAGAGAGAUCCUUGAUGAAAACCUGCUCCAGAGCGCUCAGGACCUCAGACUGGGGUGAAGGUUCACCUUCCAACAGGACAUCGACCCUAAGCACACAGCCAAGACAACGCAGGAGUGGCUUCGGGACAAGUCUCUGAAUAUAUACGUGAGUGGCCCAGCCAGAGCCCGGACUUGAACCCGAUCAAACUUCUCUGGAGAGACCUGAAAAUAGCUGUGCAGCAACGCUCCCCAUCCAACCUGACUGAGCUUGAGAGGAUCUGCAGAGAAGAAUGGGAGAAACUCCCCAAAUACAGGUGUGCCAAGCUUGUAGUGUCAUACCCAAGAAGACUCGAGGCUGUAAUCGCUGCCAAAGGUGCUUCAACAUAGUACUGAGUAAAGGGUCUGAAUACUUAUGUAGAUGUGAUAUUCAGUUUUGUAUUUGUAAUACAUUUGCAAACAUUUCUAAAAACCUGAUUUUGCUUUGUCAUUAUGGGGUAUUGUGUGUAGAUCAAUGACAAGAAGAAAAAAUAUGGCGGUAACGUAACAAAAUGUGGAAAUAGUCAAGGGGUCUGAAUAAUUUCCGAAUGGACUGUUAACUGUUAAAAGCCGGGCACAUUUAGCAGCUAGGCUAUUGAUUAUAGACAUAAUUAAGUUGGGGUUUCCUCUCUCCUCACUUUUCUUAGACAAUAAGGCAAGGGCUGUUUUCUCAUCUCCUCAUUCUGCUGCUGCCUCCGCCGCAUUGUUCUCAACACCAAUAUGAUGGUUAACUUUGCUACAUUGUCUAGGAAAAGGCGGCAAUUCAACAGCGCGCUGAUGUGUUUCAGAACCGUGGACAGCGACCACUAUCCAAUGAGGGAGAAAGGGCAUUUGUAAUAAAACCAAUAUUAUUUGUAUUAGUGUUGCACCAUUGUUCUUAUGUAAUAUAACCAUAUACAAUGUCAGUAGCACGUCUUAGACUGAUGGACUGUGCCAUCCCCACGGCCUCCACAAUGGAUCAGUCCACUCAGACAGGCGCAAAUCAGACAGGUGUCUUGUACACCAUGAUAUUAUUAUUAUUAUUGUUAUUAUUAUUUCUUUUUAUAUAUAUUUUUUGCUACUGCUCGACUAAAGAAAUCUCGGUCCACCAACAGCCUAUCGACCAAACAAUCGACCAGUCGACUAAAUGGGGUCAGCCCUAAUUGAUACACCAUCGAAAGUGUAACAACUUCACCGUGCUCAAAGGGAUAUUUAAUGUGUGCUUUUUUUUUUUUUUUUACCCAUCUACCAGUAGGUGCGCUUCUUUGUGAGGGAUUGGAAAACCUCUCUGGUCUUUGUGGUUGAAUUUGUGUUAGAAAUUCACUGCUCGACUGAGGGACCUUACAUAUAAUUGUAUGUGUGGGGUACAGAGAUGAGGUAGUCAUGCAGAAUUCAUGUUAAACAACACUAUUAUUGCACACAGAGUGAGUCCAUGCAACUUAUGUGACUUGUUAUGCAAAUGUUUACUCCUGAACUUAUUUAGGCAUGCCAUAACAAAGGGGUUGAAUACUUAUUGACUCAAGACAUUUCAGCUUUUCAUUUUUUAUUAAUUUGUAAACAUUUCUAAAACAUAAUUCUACUUUGACAUUAUGGGGUAUUGUGUCUAGGCCAGUGACACAACAUCUCAAUUUAAUCCAUUUUAAAUUCUGGCUGUAACACAACAAAAUGUGGAAAAAGUAAAGGGGGUGUGAAUACUUUCUGCAGUGUUUUUUUUUGUUGUUGUUGCAGUAUGGAUCAGAUGACCAUUAAAUGCAUUUAUGGGACCAUUUUAGGUGUGCAGCAGAAUUUUGUAUCCCAUCAAGGUGUGCCACGGUUAAAAAAGGUUGGGAACCACUGCUCUACUCUACUGAACUAUCCAAUAAUACCACAACUAAGGGCUGGAGUGCCUGGACACAGCCCUUAGCCGUGGUAUAUUGGCCAUAUAUCACAAACCCCAGAGGAGCCUUAUUGCUAUUAUAAACUGGUUACCAAUGUAAUUAGAACAGUAAAAAUACAUGUUUUGGCAUACCCGUGGUAUACGAUCUGAUAUACCACGGCUGUCAGCCAAUCAGCAUUCAGGACUCAAACCACCCAGUUUAUCGUGUACUUUAUAAAACGUGUUGUUUGUAUGCUGAUUGGUUGACAUGUGUGAGUUGUGGGACAACAACUCCCGCAAAAUACCAUCCUUUCCUGGUGUCUUAUGAAAGACUGAGUUCACAACGUCCAACAACGUCUACGUGGGCAAAGUCAAGCAGCUGCGGCGACAGGGGUAGGACAAAACACAUCAUGCAUUAAAAAAAAAAGAUGACAAUUAUAUGAAGUAUGCUACAAUGAUGUAUAACGAGCAAGUACUCUUCUGUACUUUAAUGUCCAAACAUAGACGUCUAUGAUUGGUUCAGAUUUGGUCCGGACCAAGCAAAUCUGGUCUUUGAGGGCGGAGCUUAUUAAAAUAAUAAUACCCAAAUAUGCAAAGGAGGAUAUUGCAUAUUUGUACCUUUUUUGUGUACCUAUUUAGAAUACAUCACCAUGAAGGGAAUAUGCAUAAUUAUGGAUUUCUGCCUAGUACAGAUCAGGGACCCAUGAUGAAAUUCCGUUACCGCAAUUCUGUUACCGGGUGUUAAGCCACUUCACUUACUGUAGUUCAAUAACCAAAAUAUGUUUUUUUCAUGGUGUCAUGUCAUAGCUGACACCCCAUUGUUUCUGCAGACAUCUUUGAAUCUUAAUUCGGAACAGAGUUUUUGGAAAACGUGGUCACAAACUGAGGGGGAUUUUACUGAAAUUGUAUUUUACCAAACUUUGCAUCUGCACAGUUCUUCCAGUGUAAAUUGUUAAAAGUAGUCCUUGUGCAUAGAGUUGUAUGUUUUGUUAAACUUUGAAAUCAAUGGUUUUUGUUUGACAUGAAGUUUUAAGUGAAAAAUCUGAGUCUCAACGCAAUUGUGUUACCGUGUCUUACUGUGGGCUGCACUGCUAACAGGAUGAUCCAUCCUAAAAUGAAUAUCAAGAUUUUAUUACAAUACAAUGACCUAAGUCAUAAAAGACUGGACAUUGUAUAACCACAGUAUUACAAUAAAUGUAGGCCUGCCUUUACUGUGUAUUUUGCGACUGAAAACAAACUUUGUAAGACCACUGGUUUACACCUGGUAACAUCUUGGGUUGUUUUUUAAUGCAGGACUAUUGGAAGGACAUGGGCGACAUGGGACUUCUGGGUAUCACUGCCCCACGUAAGAGAUGGAUAUUGUUUUCAAUUGAUGUGUUACCAUAUCUUUACAUGUAAUUUAUGAUUUCAUUUUGCCAGGUGUACACUAGUCUUCCAUUAGUUUCACUAAUGGCCGUGAUAGUGAUCUUAUGUACAAGUAGUCACCAUAACAAUGUUAAACUCAACCCCCCCCCCCCCAGUGGAUUAUGGCGGUUCAGGAUUGGGUUACCUAGAUCAUGUGAUUGUACUGGAAGAAAUGUCGCGAGUGUCAGCAGCCGUCUCCCUCAGCUACGGGACCCACUCAAAUCUUUGUGUCAAUCAGAUGGUGCGCCAUGGCAACACGAAGCAGAAGGAAAAGUACAUGCCAAAGGUGUGGCUCAUAUUUGUUGUCCCUUACAUUCAAGCACCCUGUCUGUCCCUGACAUACAUACAGGCAGUCUCAAAGUGCAACAGCCAAUGUUAUCUCAUCUUUCUAAUAUUAUUUCCCCAGCUCAUGACAGGAGAGCACGUGGGUGCUUUGGCAAUGAGUGAGCCCAACGCCGGAUCCGAUGUGGUGUCUAUGAAACUGAAGGCCAAGAAAGAAGGUGAACCCUCUCAAGCACUCCUGAAAGCCCCUUUCCCUAGUAGCACAAGCUCACUAACUACCUUGCCAGUUCCUUACCUCUUAAAUGGCAUCCUGGCUCAUACUGCUGUCCAUCUCCUCUCUGUGUUUUAUUUUGCUGAAGGUGACCACUACAUUCUUAACGGCGGCAAGUUCUGGAUUACUAACGGGCCGGAUGCUGACGUUCUCAUUGUGUACGCUAAGACAGACCCAGAGGCUCACCAAAAGGGUAUCACAGCUUUCAUUGUGGAGAAGGCAAGUAUUUAUCAUAGGAACUCAAACCAAACACUUUCCAUAUUUUGCUUACAAAAGCUUCACCAGUUAUGGACCUGUGCCUGUUUACACUUCAUUUUAUUAUGAACAAUAAUGGAAAUGGUUCUGUCAAAAGCUUCAACAUCUACAUGGUCUGAACAUAUUAGUAAAUUGUGCCCAACUUUUACUCCUACAGGGUACACCAGGGUUUAGCACGGCACAGAAGCUGGAUAAACUGGGUAUGAGGGGCUCCAACACCUGUGAACUUAUCUUUGAGGACUGCAAGAUUCCAGGUGUGUGCCGGUGGGUGGGUUGGUGUAUAUGUACAGUAUGUGACUGCCUGAGUAUAUGUAUGUGCCUGACGUGCACAUCUACGUAUGAGUUUUUGAAUUUCAAUGUCGUUUUUUCGAUUACAGAGGAAAAUAUCUUGGGCCCUCUCAACAAGGGUGUCUAUGUAAUGAUGAGUGGACUGGACCUGGAGAGACUUGUGCUCGCGUCAGGACCUAUCGGGUAAAUAUACAGUUGAAGUCGGAAGUUUACAUACGCUUAGGUUGGAGUCAUUAAAACUCAUUUUUCAACCACUCCACACAUUUCUUGUUAACAAACUAUAGUUUUGGCAAGUCGGUUAGGACAUCUACUUUGUGCAUGACAAGUAAUUUUUCCAACAAUUGUUUACAGACAGAUUAUUUCACUUAUAAUUCACUGUAUCACAAUUCCAGUGGGUCAGAAGUUUACAUACACUAAGUUGACUGUGCCUUUUAAACAGCUUGGAAAAUUCCAGAAAAUUAUGUCAUGGCUUUAGAAGCUUCUGAUAGGCUAAUUGACAUCCUUUGAGUCAAUUGGAGGUGUACCUGUAGAUGUAUUUCAAGGCCUACCUUCAAACUUACUUAGUACUUGGUGGCAAAACCCUUGUUGGCAAUCAGAGGUCAGACGUUUCUUGUAGUUGGCCACCAGGUUUGCACACAUCUCAGGACGGAUUUUGUCCCACUCCUCUUUGCAGAGCUUCUCCAAGUCAUUAAGGUUUCGAGGCUGACGUUUGGCAACUCGAACCUUCAGCUAACUCCACAAAUGUUCUAUGGGAUUAAGGUCUGGAGACUGGGUAGGCCACUCCAGGACCUUAUGUGCUUCUUCUUGAUCCACUCCUUUGUUGCCUUGGCCGUGUGUUUGGGUCAUUGUCAUGCUGGAAUACCCAUCCAAGACCCAUUUUCAAUGUCCCUCCUGAGAUGUGUGCAAACCUGGUGGCCAACUACAAGAAACGUCUGACCUCUGUGAUUGCCAACAAGGGUUUUGCCACCAAGUACUAAGUCAUGUUUUGCAGAGGGGUCAAAUACUUAUUUCCCUCAUUUAAAAUGCAAAUCAAUUAAUAACAUUUUUGACAUGCAUUGUUCUGGAUUUUGUUGUUGUUAUUCUGUCUCUCACUGUUCAAAUAAACCUACCAUUAAAAUGAUAGACUGAUCAUGUCUUUGUCAGUGGGCAAACGUACAAAAUCAGCAGGGGAUCAAAUACUUUUUUCCCUCACUGUAUAUCGACAUAACCUGAAAGGCCGCUCAGCAAGGAAGAAGUCACUGCUCCAAAACCGCCAUAAAAAAGCCAGACUACGGUUUGCAACAGCACAUGGGGACAAAGAUCGUACUUUUUGGAGAAAUGUCCUCUGGUCUGAUGAAACAAAAAUAGAACUGUUUGGCCAUAAUGACCAUCGUUAUGUUUGGAGGAAAAAGGGGGCAGCUUGCAAGCCGAAGAACAACAUCCCAACCGUGAAGCACGGGGGUGGCAGCAUCAUGCUGUGGGUGUGCUUUGCUGCAGGAGGGACUGGUGCACUUCACAAAAUAGAUGGCAUCAUGAGGAAGGAAAAUUAUGUGGAUAUAUUGAAGCAACAUCUCAAGACAUCAGUCAGGAAGUUAAAGCUUGGUCGCAAAUUGAUCUUCCAAAUGGACAAUGACCCCAAGCAUUCUUCCAAAGUUGUGGCAAAAUGGCUUAAGGACAACAAAGUCAAGGUAUUGGAGUGGCCAUCACAAAGCCCUGACCUCAAUCCUAUAGAAAAUGUGUGGGCAGAACUGAAAAAGCGUGUGUGAGCAAGGAGGCCUACAAACCUGACUCAGUUGCACCAGUUCUGUCAGGAGGAAUGGGCCAAAAUCACCCAACUUAUUGUGGGAAGCUUGUGGAAGGCUACCCGAAACGUUUGACCCAAGUUAAACAAUUUAAAGGCAAUGCUACCAAAUACUAAUUGAGUGUAUGUAAACUUCUGACCCACUGGGAAUGUGAUGAAAUAAAUUAAAGCUGAAAUAAGUAAUUAUGUUCUAUUAUUCUGACAUUUCACAUUCUUAAAAUAAAGUGGUGAUCUUAACUGACCUAAGGCAGGGAAUUUUUACUAGGAUUUAAUGUCAGGAAUUGUAAAUAACUGAGUUUAAAUGUAUUUGGCUAAGGUGUAUGUAAACAUCUGACUUCAACUGUACAUAUUCUGGACCCAAUGGCCCUUUUGGGUUUAUAACACAUGCCCAUGAGCAUAUUCUUUCUAUGUCUCAGUUCUUCAAUGAAGAAAAUGUUCCCCUCUUUCAGCAUUAUGCAAGCUGUGAUGGAUUUCGCCGUUCCUUACCUCCACAUGAGAGAAGCUUUUGGACAGAAGAUUGGACACUUCCAGGUGGGACAUCAACCAAAACCAAACAAUUCUCAGGCGGUCAAACAAAAAAGUCAAUUUGAUUCAAUUUUUAACAACCUACAUGUUUUUUCUCCUAUUUCUCUUGCAUAUACCACUUCCUUAUACGUUUUGAAGUGAGUCAAUUGAUGUUGGAGAGUGAAUGAUGCUAUAGCAUUCCAGAUGUAUGAUGAUGAAGAGGUAUAACCUUUUUGCCCUUUCUGGAAUUAAUGUUUUUUCCUUCCUACCAGUUGAUGCAAGCAAAGAUGGCCGACAUGUACACACGCCUGGGCGCCUGUCGACAGUAUUUGUAUAAUGUGGCGCGAGCCUGUGACAAGGGACACUUCAGUUCCAUGGUGAGAAGUUUCGACAAUAGCUAUGAUUUUUCCAGUAUGAAUUAAAUGUAAUGUGAAAUUCAAAAUGUAAUGUGAUAGAAAAAGCUUGGAUGGUACAGUAUUAAAUGAAAUGUAAUGUUGAAUUCGUAGAUGUAAUGUGUGGGGUGUCAUUGCAGGACUGUGCUGGGGUCAUCCUUUAUUGUGCUGAGAACGCAACUCAAGUCGCUCUGGAUGGAAUUCAGUGCCUGGGUAAGACCCAAGCAAACCAUGCACUUUAUAGAAAAUGUUUGAUCUUUGUAGCUAAUGUUUUCACUGGCAUGAUCAACUGUUUUAUGCUUGCGUUCACCCUAACUAUAAUCUCUCUGGGGUAGAGGGCUUGUUUUGUAAGUUGAUUUAUGUCAAGUAAUUGUCACGUUCCUUUACCCGCAGGUGGAAAUGGCUACAUUAAUGAUUACCCCAUGGGCCGUUUCCUGAGAGAUGCCAAGUUGUACGAGAUUGGAGCAGGCACCAGCGAGGUGCGCAGGCUCAUCAUUGGUCGAGCCUUCAACGCCAUGUACAAGUAG